AUGCCUAGUGUGAAUAUAGAUACUACUCAAUGGCAAAAGUUGACGCAGUCACGAGAAAAGCAAGCCACAGUGAUAACACCUCUGGGAAUAACGAUGCUAGAGAUCCAAGGUGAAUUAGAAUUACCGAGCGACUUUAUAUCACUGGCGAAAGAAGAUUCUCAACAUGAUGGAAGAUUUAGUGUACAAGAUGGCCAAACAAUAAUACGAUUUGGGUCGUUACAGAUCGACGGAGAGAGGGCCACGUUGUUUGUCGGCAAGAAACAGCGUUUACUUGGGAAAGUAACAAAGUUGGACGUACCGGUAGGUAUAAUGCAUUUCAGCUCGAAAGAUAACAAGGUAGAAUUAGUUGAUGUAAUGAAAUAUAAAAUUAUCUUUAAAGAUAGGCCUUUACCUAUUAUGUAA